UUGAACGAGGCGGUAGAGGCCAUCUUGACCAUGUUCGUUUGUUUCUCCAGGUGUUGAACGAGGCGGUAGAGGCCAUCUUGACCAUGUUCGUUUGUCUCUCCAGGUGUUGAACGAGGCGGUAGAGGCCAUCUUGACCAUGUUCGUUUGUCUCUCCAGGUGUUGAACGAGGCGGUAGAGGCCAUCUUGACCAUGUUCGUUUGUCUCUCCAGGUGUUGAACGAGGCGGUAGAGGCCAUCUUGACCAUGUUCGUUUGUCUCUCCAGGUGUUGAGCGAGGCGGUAGAGGCCAUCUUGACCAUGUUCGUUUGUCUCUCCAGGUGUUGAUCGAGGCGGUAGGGGCCAUCUUGACCAUGUUCGUUUGUUUCUCCAGGUGUUGAACGAGGCUUUAGAGGCCAUCUUGACCAUGUUCGUUUGUCUCUCCAGGUGUUGAACGAGGCGGUAGGGGCCAUCUUGACCAUGUUCGUUUGUCUCUCCAGGUGUUGAACGAGGCGGUAGGGGCCAUGAUGUACCACACCAUCACUCUGACCAGAGAGGACCUGGAGAAGUUCAAGGCUCUGCGCAUCGUCAUCCGCAUCGGCAGCGGCUACGACAACAUCGACAUCAAGGCAGCCGGAGAGCUGGGCGUAGCAGUGUGUAACAUCCCGUCGGCCUGCGUGGAGGAGACAGCAGACUCCACCAUGUGUCACAUCCUCAACCUGUACCGACGAAACACCUGGUUGUACCAGGCUCUCCGGGAGGGCACGCGGGUCCAGAGUGUGGAGCAGAUCAGGGAGGUGGCGUCCGGAGCGGCCCGCAUCCGUGGGGAGACGCUCGGCCUUAUUGGCUUCGGUCGUUCGGGUCAGGCGGUGGCAGUGCGGGCCAAAGUGUUUGGCUUCAACGUGAUCUUCUACGACCCCUACCUGCAGGACGGCUUGGAGCGUUCCCUGGGCGUCCAGCGCGUCUACACCCUACAGGACCUCCUCUACCAGUCAGACUGUGUGUCUCUGCACUGCAACCUUAAUGAGCACAACCACCAUCUCAUCAACGACUUCACCAUCAAACAGAUGCGUCAGGGAGCGUUCCUGGUGAAUGCAGCGCGGGGAGGGCUGGUGGAUGAGAAGGCCCUGGCUCAGGCCCUGAAGGAGGGGAGGAUACGUGGCGCUGCCCUGGACGUGCACGAGAUAGAACCGUUCAGUUUUGCUACAGGCCCUCUGAAGGAUGCUCCCAACCUGAUCUGUACACCACACACAGCCUGGUACAGUGAACAGGCUUCUCUGGAGAUGAGAGAGGCAGCUGCCACCGAGAUACGAAGAGCCAUCAGCGGCCGCAUCCCUGACAGCCUAAGAAACUGUGUGAAUAAGGAGUUCUUUGUGACCACAGGACCGUGGGCAGUAAUGGACCAGCAAGGUGUCCACCCAGAGCUCAAUGGCACCGCCUACAGGUACCCGCCAGGCAUGAUGGGCAUGGCUCCAGGGGUGAUCCCGGGUGGGUUAGAGGGGAUGGUGCCAGGGGGGGUACCAAUCGCCCAUACCUUGCCCUCUGGUACGCACCCGUCCCAGGCCCCUUCGCCCAACCAGCCAGCCUCCAAACACUGUCACGGAGAGACCAGAGAGCACCUCACCGAGCAAUAGCACCCUGACCGCCAGCCUAGCAGCCAGCCAGCCAAACAGCAGAGAGGACAACAACAACAGGAAGAGCAUUAUGCUCCUCAACACCUCCUCAAACUCAACCAGCAGAGAGGACAACAACAACAGUGCCACAGGCAGCAGCUAAUGGGGAUCCAUAAUAAAUACAAAGGAAGAGCAUCAUGCUUUACACCUCCUCAAACUCAACCAGUAGAGGACAACAACAGGAAGAGCAUCAUGCUCCUCAACACCUCCUCAAACUCAACCAGUAGAGGACAACAACAACAGGAAGAGCAUCAUGCUCCUCAACACCUCCUCAAACUCAACCAGUAGAGGACAACAACAACAGGAAGAGCAUCAUGCUCCUCAACACCUCCUCAAACUCAACCAGUAGAGGACAACAACAGGAAGAGCAUCAUGC